AUGACUUCAUCUGGACCCCCGCUUGCCGUAGAUACAGCACCUGCGAACGGCUGCAGAAGUGGUUUGACUCCAUCAGAUGUGAGAAUCGACGAGGCUCAAUCUCUUAAUCCGUCCCCAGACAGCAACACUCAAACAAAUCUUCAACUACUAGAGAAGUUUCUACAGCCUCACUGCUCGAUCCUGGUGGAAAUCCAGGUUUCUCCUGCUCUAUUAUGUUGCUCAUAUGCAUCAGCCCUGACUUUCUGGAAAACCAACCCUGUUCUCUCAAAAGAGCGCCAACCCGACCAGAGGUUCAUCUGGAAUUUGGCAAAGGAAGCAUUGUUCUCUGAACUUCGACUCUGUCCUAGUAUCCACACCAUUGCCGCCAUACUAUUCAAUGUUGGCGGAAGGCCAUCAACGCUACCCUUUAAUAAUACUGGCCAGCUUGGCUUUGCUGUUAGUAUUGCGUUCUCUAUGGGCCUGAAUAGAGAUCCUUCUGCAUGGGACAUUCCGGAAGAGGAAAAGAACUUGCGCAAGAUGGUAUGGUGGGCUCUUUUGAUACAUGAUACAUGGACAAGUUUCUCUUGUGGAACUCCGCCGCGUAUACAAGCUUAUCAGAAUACCUUGUCACUUCCAGAUCUCAAGUCUCUUUCCAUGAUUGAACCACCUAAACAGUGUAAAGCAGAGAUCUACACGGCAUUAUUCAGCCUCACUGAAAUUCUCUCCUACUAUCUUGAUGUCACACAACGAUCUCAUAAGUCGAGUUCCGACACCGUCUUGCUAGAGAACAGGGUGGACGCCUGGUCGGAGUCAACCACUGGGCGAAUACGACGCAUCAUUCUCCGAGGACUCGAAAUGGACACACCAGGAGCUUCUAACUUGCGCCUAGCUUUUCUCUCUGUUCAGUUUCUCCAUUGCAGAAUCUCACUUGAAGUAUCGAGGGCUGUCGUCGACGAGAUAUCAUGUGGUCAAUUUCGACAUGAAUAUUUCGCUGGUCGCCGCGCAGCCGAGGAUAUUAUUGUGUAUUUGCAGGAGCUCAGUUCUCAACAGCUCCAAUGCUUCUGGAUGCCAGAAUUGUCAUCAACUUUUUGCUUUGUCACAUCUUUCCUAUUUCGAGGUGCGAUAGAGUGGGAACUUGCGUGGUCUGAGCCAUCCGAAAAUAGCGCUCUCAGUUUGCUGCGAACGUUGAUCAACACGCUUCGGACCCAUAAGCAAGAUAAUGAUUGGGAUAUUGGGGAUAACUGUCUAGAACAGUUUUCUGAGCUUUUAGAUUCUGGAAAUGUGUUGGAUAUGAGCAUCGGCUUUGGAGAUAUUGACUUUGACGAACUUGCGAUACUUCUUGCAGAGGAUGGGCCUCAAGAAACUACUAUGUUUCCUUUUGCCUCAGACUCAUAG